GCUCCCCGCCCGUCCGUGUCGCGUCGCGAGGCUGCCAACCCGCCCCGCCGGCGCCGGUUGGCCUGGUCCUGCGGGCCCGCGACCCGGUCCCCUCCCGUGCCGGCGUCCCGCCCGCGCGACCACUCGCCAACCCCGCGCCAUCCGGACCCAAAUUCCCCGGAACUACCCGCCACCCCGUCACCCACCGCGGCCGCCAGCCAGCCGCGCCGCCCGGCUUGCGUUUCUCGAAAAGGCGCCCCCCAAGAUAUCCAGGCGGAAGCGGCGCCGCAACCCCUCUCGUCUCCCCUCCACCCGCCUUGACCGCCGCCGCGACCGACCCCCGAGCCACUCCUCCCACACGCGCGCGCCUCCGCCCCGCGGAUGCGCGCGCCGCGCCUGCCGACGCCCCCUCUCCCGCCAUGGCAGGGGAGGACCCGCCACCGCCGCCCGACGGGGCCGACGCCGACGCCCUCUGCCCGCUCUGCGGCGGGGCCGGGGUGACCCCCGCGCGCGUCGCGCUCGCCAGGCGCGGGGGGGACGCGCUGGCGGUGGCGGCCGCGGCGGCGCCCGCGGGCGACGACGCGGCGGCGCUGCUGCGGGAGGCGCUGGCGCGGCAGCGGUGGGCGCUCGCGGACCUGCAGGCGGAGCUGGAGGCGGAGCGCGGGGCCGCCGCGGGCGCCGCCAGCGAGGCCAUGUCCAUGAUCCUGCGCCUGCAGCGGGACAAGUCGGAGGCCAUGAUGGAGGCCCGCCAGUACCGCCGCUACGCCGAGGAGCGGUUCGCGCACGACGCCGCCGAGCGCGACGCGCUGCGGGGGGAGGUCGAGCGCCGGGAGGCCGCGGCGCGGGCGCUCGCCGCGAGGCUCAGGGCGUGCCAGGCGAGGCUCCUGCACCUCGGCUUCCCAUCCCCGCCGCCGCCGCCGCACCCGCAGACCUCCUCGCUCCCCUCCUCACCCACCGCCGCGGAUUCCGUUCGCCUCGGCCUCUUCCACCCCUUCUUAUCCGACGACGACGAAGACGAAGGCGACGACGGCUACCGCUCCGUCCAGUGCCUCGACUACCACCCCGCCGCGCCCGCGGAUGUGGGCACCCCGCGCACCCACCACCUGCUCAACCGAACGCCCAACCCGGACGCCGACCCCAAGGGCGUCGCCCUCUCCGGCUCCCCGCGCCACGCCCGCACGCUCUCCGGCGACAGCAUCCCCCGGAUCGCGCUGGCCGACGAGUUCUCGCUCUUCGACCACCGGGACGCGCCGGACGGGGACGGCGAGGACGGCGACCGCGUCUACACGGUGGACGCGGUGCACGGCGUGCCCGUCGACUGGGGGAGCGAGGUGGGCGUCCCGGCGGCCGGGGCCGGGGACUGGGCGGAGGAGGGGGAGGAGAUACAGAAGCUCAAGGCGAGGCUGCAGGCGCUGGAGGCGGACCGGGAGUCCAUGCGGCACGCCAUCAUGUCCAUGGGGGAUGAGAAGACGCAGGUCGUUCUGCUCCGGGAGAUCGCCCAGCAGCUCUGCAGGGACGCCGCGCCGUUCCCGGCUGUUCCGCUCAAGGUGCAGCCGAGGCUGCAGCCAGUUGUUGUGGCGCAGAGGAAGGUCGUGAAGAAGCAGACCUCCUUUGUGAAGAUCUUCAUUAUGACAGUCAUCAAGUGGGUUGCAUCUAUCUUCUGUUGGCGAAGGAAAUCAAAUCGCAUCAGGUACCCCAUCGGUAUGUGUGGGAGCAAUGUCGGUCUGAUGCUGGUACUGGACAGGUUCCCCAAACAGAGGCAAAAGAAGAUUCCUAAAAGGAAGCUAAGCGCCUCUACUCUCUGAUAAUCUGAUUACUGGCAACCUAGGGAAGGAUAAGCUGUGUCUUUGCACUUCUGGUCAGAGUGAGCUACUUUCUGAACAUAAAGCUCACUGGUUUUGUGAAAAAGCGGUUGUUGUUGCAUAUGUUUUCACCCCUGUGUCUAGGCAUUCUUUGGUUGAUUCGGUUUUUGGUAAUCUAGUUAAAAUGUGAAGUAUCCCCUAUUUGCAUUUUAUUCCUCUGCCCACUUUUCUUACAUAUAUUGUUGAUAUUUCCUUUUUCUUUUGUUCGCUAGUGUUACAGAACGCAAUGUAAAUAAACACUGACCAUUUUGAGCAUCAGCCUUAGAGAGUUUUGACAUGGCGCAUAGAGUUCCUUUUUUUUGUUUCUCUAUUUGUUCUUUUUUACCCUCUUUUUACGGAACAAAGUCAUGUUACUCUGUUUCAACAGUCAACACGAUUGUGUUGUAAAUAAAUUUGAAGUAGAAUGGUUAGUUUGGUGGGAA